CUGUGUUUCGAAGGCGCACGCGAAAUUCCGCCAAUUCGUGUAUUUGCUCGCAGCAGCAGUUACGCGUCCCGUCUGCAUCAUUUAUCCUAGUGCAUCAUUUCGAUAAAGAGCCGCAGAGCGGUAGUCGCGUGCGCCAAAGCAAGAACAAAAGUUUAAAAAUACACAACCUUUCGGAACACACGGUUCCCCGUGGUUGCGCGUGAAGCUGGGCGCUUAGUCGUCGCGUGUGAGCAAGCAAAUUCUGUCCGAGCGUUGGACGCCCGAGUCGUCACUGGCGGACAGAUUGGCUGAUCUGAGCGUGUAUCUCCAGAGCGUGUAUCCCGUGAGCCUGUGGCAUGUGUAAAUUCGUUCAUUUAGAAUAAAGUUGGCCACCACCUGACCCGUUCGUUAUACUGCAUGAAUAUUCAGUUAUUUUAUCAAUUUGUAUCAUAAACACCACUGGGUUAUUGUCGUAUACGUUUCACGCAUAUCUGUGGCACAUUAUCGCACACUUUGAUCUAAUUUGCUCGCAAAACCACCUCCAUUCACACCUCUGCACCUCAAUCGAACGCAUCGUCGAUCCAGCAAAAUGAAGGUAGACAUACAAAAUCACGUCGAUCAUCUUCCGGCGAUCAACGGCAUCACCGUUUCACCCACCCAUGAUUCGCUUACGCUGGAUGAAACAUGUCUGAUGCUGUCCAAUUUGCUAACAAGAAGCAACUGCAUGGCUUCGAAAGCACCUACUAUCUGCGACAAAGCGGGCAGUGAUGAUACGGAACUAUACGAGAUUGACAGGGAUUUAUCGAUUUCGGUAAUCACUGAGACGGACACCGAAGACGUGCUGGAUCUGCUGAAAAGAUUUUUCUUCAAGGAUGAACCCCUCAAUACGUACGUUCAGCUCGGCGAGUGUAAGGAGCUGGAAAAGUACUGCACCAAGAGCCUGGGAGAGCAUUCAUCCUACAAGGCCGUCAAUUCGAGGGGAGAAAUUGUGGGUGUCAUCCUGAACGGCACGAUCAUGAAGCCGCAACCAGGCGAUGAGCCUCCGGCGAAGCUGGCUACCAACUGUCUUCAUCCGAAGUUCAAGAAAAUCAUGGCGUUGAUGGACUACGUCGAUGAGCAGUUCGACAUCUUCGACUUGUAUUCUGAUAUCGAUCGAUUUUUAGACUGUAAAAUCAUCUCGGUGGAUACGCGCUACCGUGGAUUGGGUAUUGCGGGCAUGCUGACUGACUACACGCUCGAUUAUGCGUCCCGAAAUGGCAUCAAGCUGAUACACGUCCUGUGUAGCAGCCACUUUUCCGCUCGCGUUAUGGAAAAGAUGGACUUUUCGGAGGUGUAUCGCUUGCCGUAUGCUGAUUACAAGAUCGACGGCGAACAGGUGUUCGAUCCGGAGAAACCCCACGUGGCGCUACGAAUCCUUACGAAACGUUUAGACCACUAGUUGGGCGGUAAUCAAGCGGCUCAAAGCUGGAUAAACGCAACAGUUAUUCAAUCUUUGAUGGUUGACAACUAAACCGGACCUGAUGUGAGUACGACCGUAAAUUUCGCUUGCUCCACCUGCUCAUAAUGGCGCAAUGUCAAUUACUUUAUUUAUUUAAAAAUACCCACACACACACACACGCACAUUUUGUUCCUCCACGUGUAGCGUGUACUUUUGAGAGAAAAUUUCUACAAAUUCAUGAUAGCAUAAACCAUGCUAACUUGUGAUAACGUUUCGGUUUAUAAUGUGCUACUUUUGAUCAUAAAAAUUGGAAAGGAAAGGUUAGUCCACCCCAUCGAUCAGAGGUGAUCAGAUCAUCGCUCCAGUGUUGCAGAUAUGCAUGUAACAUUUGCCAGAUAAUAUUUUAUAAUAAAUCAUUAUUUAUA